CUUCCUGCUGACGUUUUUCGCUGAACACUCUAUCGGCGUCGUCUAGGCAACAACGGCCUCUCCCGUUACGCUGUAUGUCCCAUAGUUUUGCAUUGCACUAAAAUGCACAUUAUUUUCCAUAACAAAAACAGAUCAUACUUUAAGCGCAAAGUAUAAGUAGGCGAGUUGGGACGCAGCAUUUGUCUACGUGUACAAACCGCCAAAACGAUCAAGAAUAGGAAAUCUCGCGGGAUUUCUGUGGGUUGAGUGAAUGCCACGUCAGUUCGAGGGUGAGCAGGAUCUACGACCCGAGUGCGGUGCUAUAAUAAUCCAUCUCGUGAAUUGUUUUGUGAAAUAUAACGCGAUCAUAGCGGUGGAAUGCGGUCCUUUAACAGUCUUGGCUUUCUGAGUCUGAUCAUUCAUGUGAUCUUGGUGGCCCAGCUGGCAUAUGUUCAUGCCCAUCAGCAUCAUGGACACACACAUGACCACCAUCAGCAUGGACACACACAUGACCACCACCAGCAUGGACACACACAUGGGGAUGGUGGUUGCCAUGGUCACUCUCAUGGUGGGGUGAAGAUGCACCAAGGGGCAAGCAAAUGGAGCUCUGAGGCUAAUGUGCCGUCUGCUGAAGAGGAGCAUCAUGGCCACGAUCACGGCCAAGAUCAUGCCCAUGACCACGCACACUCCCACGAUCAUGGCCAUGCCCACGAUCACGGAACGGAGCGAGUGAAAAGAGAAUUGGAGGAAGGAAAACGAAACCUGGUGGAACUCUGGAUGCAGGCGAUUGGAGCGACUCUGCUGAUCAGCGCUGCACCCUUCCUCAUCCUCUUCCUUAUCCCAGUGGAGUCAAACACAGACCAGCACCAGAAUCUGCUUAAAGUGCUCUUGAGUUUUGCAUCUGGAGGUUUGCUGGGUGAUGCCUUCCUUCAUCUCAUUCCUCACGCUCUGGAACCUCAUUCACACCAGGGCCAAUCACACGACUCUGAGGAGUCACAUGGUCACUCCCAUGGAGCGGCUCACGGUCACAUGAUGUCUGUGGGAUUGUGGGUAUUGGGUGGCAUUGUUGCGUUUCUCAUGGUCGAGAAAUUCGUUCGUCUUUUGAAGGGAGGACAUUCUCACUCUCAUGCUGCUAAUAAUGCAAAGGAUAGUGAUGGAGAAGAUGAGAAGACAGAAAAAAAGAAGACCGACUCUAAAAAGAAGAGCGAGAAGACCUCUGAUAUUAAAGUGUCUGGCUAUCUCAACCUUGCUGCUGAUUUUACACACAACUUUACGGACGGUCUUGCAAUCGGAGCGUCGUUCCUGGUCAGCCCGGCGGUUGGUGCCGUGACCACCAUCACCAUCCUUCUACACGAAGUGCCACACGAGAUUGGAGACUUUGCUAUCCUCGUCCAGUCGGGCUGCACCAAGAGGAAGGCCAUGUGUCUGCAGCUUCUCACGGCUAUUGGAGCAUUAGCCGGAACCGCCUGUUCCUUAUUGGCCGAAGGGAUAGGUGCCGCGGCCACCGCAUGGAUCCUCCCAUUCACGGCCGGAGGCUUCGUUUACAUCGCCACUGUCACCGUUCUGCCCGAGCUGCUGGUGGGACGCUCUAGUUUCUGUCAGUCCAUGUUAGAGAUCCUGGCCCUUCUGUUCGGAGUGGGAAUGAUGGUCCUCAUUGCAGAGUAUGAGUGAAGGAGCGAGACAGACCGGUGGCCUGUGAUCCUUGAAUCAUUAAAGAUAGUAAAGCAGAAGAACCUUUUCUAAGGAAUGUUCCAGAUGAGCACCGAGAUAAACAUCCGUGACUGAAAGAACAAGUGAAAAUUGACAUUGUACUCAAAGACCAAGACAAAUGGACCGCUUAGUCAUUUUAGAGGAACAAAGCAGAGUUCCCGGGACCAAUGGCUAGAAAAUUGGCUCCAGACGUUUCUGCUGGUGAUGUCAGAGAAUUCUGGUACUGUUUUCUCCAGCGAUCACCCUUUCAUUCCCAUGAUGCAUUGUUGCUAUUUUGUAUUUGUGUGUUCAUCAGCUGACUGUGAUUGAACGUAGGAAGUCAUUUGAGUGUUGACAGGGUGACUAUUGCUGGACACCACUGAUAUUUCAUUCCUUCUGCUGAAAAUGUGUGUUAUUUCUUGUCAGCUGUUGGGAAGCAAUACAUUUGACGGAGGAGUCGGUAUGUGCGUUCAGUUUGUCUCUGUUUGAUCUUUAUAACACGCACACACUUCACCUUCUACAUUCACAUUAUUAGUUAACUUGCUCUUAGUUUAGUCUCUAAAACAUAUUUCUUAAAAGAAAAACGAUGUUGCUGCAGUUUGAAGCCUUAUUCACAAUUUGUUUUGGUAAACGUUACCUGAAUGUCUGUAUAACAAUAAUUCCCUUUAAUGAAAAUGCUUUAUAACUCGGGUGCGAAACAUUCAAUUGUAUACUUUUCGUGAAGCAUUUGCUUUAGAAAUAAAUUUUGAGUAGAAACAACCUUCUGUCAAUCUGUCUACUAAAAGCCUAACCGUCUAAAGUCUUUUGUGUGUGAUUAACUGUUUUCUAUAUAAAAAUGAAUGAUUUUGGGAUUUA